AUGCUGGCCUCACAAAUCCUUCGCCGCAACAUUGCGCGCGCCCCAUCCGCGGCAUCCCGCCGCUUCAUUUCGCGCUCUCCGGCAACCGCCGCCGCCGAACCAACCAGCUCCGGCGGGGGCAGGCCUGGCUUCGCGCCCAGCGGCCGCUCUGUUUUCGAUACACACACCGUCGAGGAGCUCCAGGGAAUGUCCGCAAGGGAUAUUCUUCACGAGACUGGCUCGCGCAAAGACUCCCAAAUGCGGCACUUCACCGUCAACUUCGGUCCUCAGCAUCCAGCUGCUCACGGCGUGCUUCGUCUUAUCCUCGAGUUGAACGGAGAGGAGAUCCUGCGGGCCGACCCCCACGUCGGUCUGCUUCACCGAGGAACGGAGAAGCUCAUCGAGUACAAGACGUACAUGCAAGCGUUGCCAUACUUCGACCGUCUCGACUACGUUUCCAUGAUGACCAACGAGUUAUGCUACUCGAUGGCUGUUGAGAAGCUUCUGAAUAUUGAAGUGCCGACCCGCGCCAAGUGGAUUAGGACGUUGUUUGGCGAGCUUACUCGCAUUUUAAAUCAUCUCAUGGCCGUUUUGACACACGCUAUGGAUGUCGGCGCACUGACACCCUUCCUGUGGGGCUUCGAGGAGCGUGAAAAGCUCAUGGAGUUCUACGAGCGUGUUUCUGGUGCUCGCUUACACGCAGCGUACGUGCGCCCUGGUGGCGUCGCGUUCGACUUGCCGCAUGGCCUACUUGACGACAUCUUCAAGUGGUCGACACAGUUCGGCUCUCGCGUGGACGAGAUUGAGGAGGUCGUAACGGGCAACCGUAUCUGGAAGGAGCGUACCAUCGGCAUCGGAAAGGUCACGGCCCAGCAGGCACUCGACUACUCCUUUAGUGGUGUCAUGUUGCGUGGCUCGGGUGUGAAGUGGGAUAUUCGCAAGGUCGCGCCGUACGACAUGUACGAUCAGGUUGAGUUCGACGUCCCCGUCGGCAAGAACGGUGACUGCUACGACCGCUACCUCUGCCGUGUGCAAGAAUUCCGCGAGUCGCUGCGUAUCGUCAACCAAUGCUUGAACAAGAUCACCACCGGCGCCAUCAAAGUUGACGAUCAUAAGAUUGUUCCCCCACCUCGCGCUAGCAUGAAAGAGAGCAUGGAGAGCUUGAUCCACCACUUCAAGAUCUUCAGCGAGGGUUACUCGGUCCCGCCUGGCGAGACUUACUCUGCCAUUGAGGCCCCCAAGGGCGAGAUGGGUGUUUACCUGGUUUCGGACGGCACCAACAGGCCAUACCGUUGCAGUAUUCGCGCACCCGGCUUUGCUCACCUCGCUGGUGCCGACUUCAUGAUGAGACAUCACAUGAUUGCCGACGUUGUCGCCAUUAUCGGUACGAUGGACCUUGUGUUUGGUGAGGUUGACCGGUAG